AUGGCUGAUGAGAGACCUACGCCUAGGGAUGAAGAUAUCCCGGGCGGUUUUCCUGUUACGCCAAGCGUGAACUCGAUUGAUCAGAUUACCCCAACGGGACAUGUCACUGAUAGACGCCUCGAGGCCGGCUUUGCGGGCCGUGAUACUGCGACAGGCCCUGCGGCUACGACGUACGAUAAUGUCACCAGCGCCAGUUCAGCCUCGUUUGGCGCGACUGGGGCGUUAGCCUCUGAGCCUCACGCACCUAUUCUCGAUCGCAACUCUUCAUCAAGCACCGUUCUCCCUCGCGGCAAAUCCACCGAAGAAAAGCGCGACAGCUCUUCCUCCAACUCCCCCAACGAACCAAUCUUUGCCCCGAUUAAAUCUCACACCGAAACCACCGCGGAACCUCCCCUCGAGAAACGCAAAUCUCAUCGCACUGAAGAUGAUCUUUUCCGCGUGCUAUCCCGUCGUCGCACCAACGCUUCAACUCCCGCCGAAAAAGAUGAAGAGCACCAAGAUAAUGAAGAACUUGACCGUCUCAUGUCUCGCAUCUUUGGUCAAAAGCGCCAACAACAGAGUGAAGAGGAGAAAACGCGCCAUAGCGGUGUUAUCUUCCGUGGCCUCACUGUUCGCGGUGUUGGUCUCGGUUCAAGUCUUCAACCGACCGUUGGAGAUUUCUUCCUUGGGCUGCCGAGAAAAUUGGGAAAGCUGGUUACUCAAGGACCCAAGGCAGCUAUGGCGAAACCACCUGUUAGAGAACUUAUUAGUAAUUUCGACGGUUGUGUUAGACCCGGUGAAUUACUUCUUGUUCUCGGCCGUCCAGGCGCAGGAUGCAGUACAUUCCUCAAAACAUUCUGCAACCAACGCGCCGGCUUCGAAUCCGUUGAAGGACAAGUAACAUACGGCGGAACCGACGCAUCAACAAUGGCCAAAGACUUCCGCGGUGAAAUCAUCUACAACCCCGAAGACGACCUCCACUACGCCACGCUCUCCGUAAAGCGCACCCUCACAUUCGCUCUUCAGACCCGCACACCAGGCAAAGAAUCCCGUCUCGAAGGCGAAACACGUCAAGACUACGUCCGCGAAUUUCUGCGCGUCGUCACAAAACUCUUCUGGAUCGAACAUACCCUCGGCACAAAAGUCGGCAACGAAUUCAUCCGCGGUGUUUCGGGCGGUGAGCGCAAACGCGUUUCUAUCGCUGAAGCUAUGAUAACGCGAGCUUCGGUGCAGGGUUGGGAUAAUUCCAGUAAAGGUCUUGAUGCGAGUACGGCGGUUGAGUAUGUCAAGUCUAUUCGCGCCAUGACGAAUAUGGCUGAUACGUCGACUGCUGUUUCGCUAUAUCAAGCUGGCGAGACGCUUUAUGAGCUCGUUGAUAAGGUUUUGCUUAUUGAUGAGGGAAAGUGUCUUUACUACGGACGCGCGGAAGAUGCGAAGAAGUAUUUUCUCGAUCUUGGUUUCGAGUGUCCUGAGCGUUGGACUACAGCUGAUUUUCUGACGAGUGUUACGGAUGAGCAUGAGCGCAGUAUCCGCGAAGGUUGGGAGAAUCGUAUCCCGCGUACGGCGGGGGAGUUUUCUGACGCAUACCGCCGCAGCGAAGAUUAUCAGAAAAAUCUCCGCGACAUUGACGCUUUCGAGGCUGAACUUGAAACGCUAGCUGAAGAACGACGACGCAAUGAGAGUGAGAAGAGUAAGAAGAAGAAUUACGAGAUUGCGUUCCACAAACAAGUCAUGGCCUGCACGCACCGCCAAUUCCUCGUCAUGUUCGGCGACAAGGCAUCCCUCUUUGGAAAAUGGGGCGGUUUAUUAUUCCAAGGCCUCAUCGUCGGUUCACUCUUCUACAACCUCCCCGACACAGCCGCCGGAGCAUUUCCUCGCGGCGGUGCCCUUUUCUUCCUUCUUCUCUUCAACGCCCUUCUGGCCCUCGCUGAACAAACAGCUGCUUUCGAGUCGAAGCCUAUUCUUCUCAAGCAUAAAUCCUUUUCGUUCUAUCGCCCUUCUGCAUUCGCUAUCGCGCAGACUGUCGUUGAUGUCCCGCUUGUUUUUAUACAGGUCAUCAUCUUCAAUGUCAUCAUCUACUUCAUGGCCAACCUCGCGAGAACGGCGUCGCAGUUUUUCAUCUCGUGUCUUAUUCUUUGGCUCGUCACUAUGGUGACGUAUGCGUUCUUCAGGGCUAUUUCAGCUUGGUGCGGGACUUUGGAUGUCGCGACGAGGUUUACUGGUGUUGCGAUUCAGAUUCUCGUUGUGUAUACGGGCUAUCUCAUUCCGCCGGACUCGAUGCAUCCUUGGUUUGGGUGGCUACGAUGGAUUAAUUGGAUUCAGUACGGUUUUGAGUGUCUCAUGGCUAAUGAGUUCGCUUAUCUCACUCUCUCAUGCGAGCCGCCAUAUCUCGUGCCUCAAGGCCCGAAUGCACGGCCUCAGAACCAGGGCUGUACUCUCGCGGGUGCAUCGCCUGGUUCAACUUCUGUGUCUGGCGCGUCAUACAUUCAACAAUCCUUCACAUAUACCCGUUCUCAUCUCUGGCGCAAUUUCGGUUUCCUCUGGGCUUUCUUCAUCUUUUUCGUCUUCCUCACUGCUCUUGGUAUGGAACUCAUGAAGCCCAACGUCGGAGGCGGUGCAAUUACUGUCUUUAAGCGAGGACAAGUUCCUAAAAAGGUUGAGGAGUCUAUCGCAACCGGUGGUCGAGCCAAGGGCGACAAGCACGAUGAAGAGUCUGGUCGCAGUGAUCCCGCCGCGAAUGGUGACGCUGAACGUACCAAGAGCGAUGAACAGAUUACCCAAGAAGUCGCAAAGAAUGAAACGGUGUUUACGUUCCAGAACAUCAAUUACACGAUUCCCUACGAGAAAGGAGAGAGGAAACUCCUCAACGAUGUACAAGGCUACGUUCGGCCUGGUAAAUUGACAGCUCUCAUGGGCGCCUCUGGCGCCGGUAAAACAACCCUUCUCAACGGUCUCGCCCAACGUCUCAACUUCGGCACCAUAACAGGCGAUUUUCUCGUCGACGGCCGUCCCCUUCCGAAAUCCUUCCAACGCGCAACUGGCUUCGCUGAACAAAUGGACAUUCACGAACCCACCGCCACAGUGCGCGAAGCCCUCCAAUUCUCCGCACUACUUCGUCAACCAAAAGAAGUAUCGAAGCAGGAGAAGAUGGAGUACUGCGAGACUAUUAUUGAUCUUCUUGAAAUGCGCGAUAUUGCUGGUGCGAUCAUUGGUACAGUUGGACAGGGCCUUAACGCAGAGCAGAGGAAGCGCUUGACGAUUGGUGUUGAACUAGCGUCCAAGCCGGAGUUGCUUAUGUUUUUGGAUGAACCGACUUCUGGUCUUGACUCGGGCGCUGCGUUCAAUAUUGUGCGCUUCCUUCGAAAGCUGGCUGAUGCAGGACAAGCCGUUCUUUGUACGAUCCAUCAACCCUCUGCCGUUCUCUUCGAAAACUUCGAUGAACUCUUGCUUCUCAAAUCAGGUGGGCGCGUGGUUUAUCACGGUCCUUUGGGGCAUGAUUCAGAGAACUUGAUCAAGUACUUUGAGUCCAACGGCGGACCGAAAUGUCCUCCGCACGCUAAUCCAGCGGAGUACAUGCUCGAUGCAAUUGGUGCUGGAAAUCCUGACUACGAUGGUCAAGACUGGGGCGACGUCUGGGCGGACUCUUCAGAGCGACAGAAGCGCUCGCAGGAGAUUGAAGAGAUGAUUGAACGCCGACGUAACGUCGAACCCUCAAAAAGUCUCAAAGAUGAUCGCGAGUACGCCAUGCCUUUAUCAACACAGACAUACGCCGUUGUUCGUCGCAGUUUCAUUUCAUUCUGGCGCUCACCCGAUUACAUCUUUGGUAACUUUAUGCUUCACAUCGCAACAGGUCUCUUCAACUGUUUCACCUUCUACAAGAUCGGUUUCGCAUCCAUCGAUUACCAAAACAGGCUGUUCUCCAUCUUCAUGACGCUCACGAUUAGUCCGCCUCUUAUUCAGCAGCUCCAGCCCGUUUUUCUCAAAUCACGGCAGAUAUUCCAGUGGAGAGAGAAUAACGCCAAGAUUUACAGCUGGGUCGCUUGGACUACGGCUGUUGUUGUCGUUGAGAUUCCGUAUCGUAUCGUUGCGGGUGGUAUUUACUUCAAUUGCUGGUGGUGGGGAGUUUUCGGAUGGCGUGCCUCGGCUUUUACAUCGGGUUUUGCAUUCUUGCUUGUUCUGCUGUUUGAGCUUUACUACGUUUCCUUCGGCCAAGCCAUCGCUGCCUUUGCACCCAACGAACUCCUCGCAUCUCUCCUUGUCCCCAUCUUCUUCCUCUUCGUCGUAUCCUUCUGCGGCGUCGUCGUUCCGCCACAAGGUCUUCCUACCUUCUGGCGCGAAUGGAUGUACUGGCUCACUCCCUUCCACUAUCUCCUCGAAGGCUUCCUCGGCGCAGCGAUUCACGACCAGCCUGUUCGUUGCGAAGAGGGCGAAUUUGCGCGCUUUGAACCGCCCAGUGGUCAAUCGUGCGAUGAGUACGUUGAACCGUUUAUUCAGCGCGCUGGCGGCUAUGUGCGCACUGGAUCAGAUGGAUACUGUGAGUUUUGCCAGUAUGCUACUGGCGAUGAGUUUGGAGCGGGAUUUAGUGUGUACUAUAGGAAUAUCUGGAGGGAUUUUGGUAUUUUUUGCGCUUUUAUUGCGUUUAAUUAUGCGGUGGUUUACUUUGCGACUUGGAUGCGGUUUAGAGGGAAGAAUCCGUUCAAGGGACUUUUGCAGAAGAGGAAGUCUUAG